GGGCCAGCUCUGCGGCUCUCGCGGUGUCUGCGCGAGACUGCUUCCUUCCUCCUUCCCCCUGCCAGUCCGCCCGUCUUCCUCCCUAUCUUCCCGGCCUGGCCUCCCCCUCCUUCCCCCGCCGGCCCCCUCCCCGCAGGGAUAAUAUGGUCUCCGGCGAUGGACUCCCCAAGUGCAGGACACACCUUUGAGUACCUUAUUGAAACAUUAAAUGGCAAUUCACAGAAGAAGUUCUUCAAUGUCCCUAAACUUGGAGGCACCAAGUAUGAUAUUCUGCCUUAUUCAAUACGGGUCCUAUUGGAAGCUGCUGUACGAAAUUGUGAUGGCUUUUUAAUGAAAAAGGAAGAUGUUAUGAACAUUUUGGACUGGAAAACCAAACAGAGCAAUGUUGAAGUGCCCUUUUUCCCCGCCCGUGUUGUUCUUCAAGAUUUCACUGGAAUACCAGCAAUGGUGGAUUUUGCUGCUAUGAGGGAGGCAGUGAAAACUCUUGGAGGUGAUCCUACGAAAGUCCAUCCUGUCUGUCCAACAGAUCUCACAGUUGACCACUCUUUACAGAUUGACUUCAGUAAAUGUGCAAUACAGAAUGCACCAAAUCCUGGAGGUGGUGACCCACAGAAAGCAGGAAAGCUCUCGCCACUUAAAGUGCAGCCUAAGAAGCUUCUCUGUCGAGGCCAGACUGCCUGCCGGGGAGCGUGUGAUGCUGGAGAACUAAGCCGGAACUCAGGAACAUUUUCCUCACAGAUUGAGAAUACUCCUGUCCUGUGUCCUUUUCAUUUGCAACCAGUGCCUGAACCUGAGACAGUGUUAAAAAAUCAAGAAGUAGAAUUUGGCAGAAAUCGAGAGAGGCUUCAAUUUUUCAAGUGGAGCUCAGGAGCCUUUAAGAAUGUGGCAGUCAUCCCUCCUGGAACUGGAAUGGCUCAUCAAGUGAACUUAGAAUAUUUAUCAAGAGUAGUUUUUGAAGAAACGGACCUACUCUUCCCAGACAGCGUAGUUGGCACAGAUUCUCAUAUAACCAUGGUGAAUGGAUUGGGGAUUCUUGGGUGGGGAGUUGGAGGCAUUGAGACAGAGGCAGUUAUGCUUGGUCUGCCAGUUACUCUUACUUUACCAGAGGUGGUUGGAUGUGAGCUAACUGGGUCAUCCAAUGCUUUUGUUACAUCCAUAGAUAUUGUCCUCGGCAUUACAAAGCACCUCAGGCAAGUAGGCGUGGCUGGAAAGUUUGUUGAGUUCUUUGGAAGUGGAGUUUCACAAUUAUCUAUUGUCGAUAGAACUACCAUAGCAAACAUGUGUCCAGAAUAUGGUGCUAUCCUCAGCUUUUUCCCUGUUGACAAUGUGACACUACGACAUUUAGAACAUACAGGUUUUGACAAAACCAAACUUGAGUUCAUGGAAAAAUACCUUAAAGCUGUGAAAUUGUUUAGAAAUGAUGAGAAUUCUUCAGAACCUGAAUAUUCUCAGGUGAUACAGAUUAAUCUGAAUUCAAUAGUUGCAUCGGUCAGUGGUCCAAAAAGGCCUCAGGAUAGAGUUGCUGUAACAGAUAUGAAAAGUGAUUUUCAGGCUUGCUUAAAUGAAAAGGUUGGAUUUAAAGGCUUCCAAGUUGCAGCAGAAAAGCAAAGGGAUACUGUCUCUGUUCAUUAUGAUGGAAGUGAGUAUAAGCUGUCCCAUGGAUCCGUGGUCAUUGCUGCAGUUAUCAGUUGUACCAAUAAUUGCAAUCCAUCUGUGAUGCUUGCUGCAGGUCUUUUAGCUAAAAAGGCUGUUGAAACUGGUCUACGAGUUAAACCUUAUAUAAGAACAAGUUUGUCUCCAGGCAGCGGGAUGGUUACACAUUACCUCAGUUCAAGUGGAGUGUUACCCUAUCUAAGCAAGCUAGGGUUCGAAAUAGUUGGCUAUGGAUGUUCAACAUGUGUAGGAAAUACAGCACCUUUAUCAGAAGCAGUUUUGAAUGCAGUAAAACAGGGUGAUUUGGUUACCUGUGGAGUUUUAUCUGGAAACAAACAUUUUGAAGGCCGUCUUUGUGAUUGUGUCCGUGCCAAUUAUCUCGCCUCUCCACCCUUAGUGGUGGCUUAUGCCAUAGCAGGCACAGUGCAUAUAGACUUCCAGACGGAGCCGUUAGGUACUGACCCUACUGGCAAGGAAAUUUACCUGCAUGACAUUUGGCCUAGUCGAGAAGAAGUACAUCAGAUAGAAGAAGAGCAUGUUAUAUUGUCCAUGUUUAAAGCACUGAAACAGAAAGUAGAGGUAAGAGUCUUGUGGGGCUCUUUUCAUUUGUUUUUAGUUUGUUCUUUAUUUUGAAGUACGGUCUCACUGUAGCUCAUGCUAAGAUCUCACU